ACUUCCCCGGCAGGCGCUUGGACCCAGGGAAGCGCGAGGCAUACUGUUGCUUAGCAACAUGCCUCACACUUCUCUAAAGGCCCAAGUGCCAGGCAAAGGGAGAAGUUUCCUCCCUCUGCUCGGUGCUUGGUCCCAGGGAAGCAGGCCACGAUCGCAGGCCGCUUCGUCCUGCCUCUCCCUUUCCUCGUGCAAGAAGGAGCUCCUUCUCGCGAGAGGAGAGAGAGAGGGAAGCGCCCCGCCUCUUCCUCUUCCCGGCACAAAUACCCGAUACACCCAAAUUUGAACACUGGUGGGAUUGGGGGAGAGGAAUGACUUUGUCAUUUGGGAGUUGUAGUUGCCAGGAUUUAUACCGAGAGGCCUGCACUGGCAGCGAGAGGGCUCCUCUGUGUUCGCUGCAUGCUCCGCUCACUGUGAGGCCUCUCGCUGGCAGCGCAGGCCUCUCGCUGCGUCCGGAGGCCCCUCGUAACGAGCGCAAGGCCUCAAGUCUCACCAAAAGGCCUGAGCUGCAAGCGAGAAGCCUCGCAGUGAGCAGAGGAUGCAGCGAACACUGCGGAGCCUUCUCGCUGCAUCCAGAGGCCUCUCGCUGCAUCCCCUCGCUGCGUCCGGAGGGCCCUCGUUGCGCUCAGAGGCCCCUCACUGAGACCAGAGGCCCCUCGUUGCGCCCAUAGAAUCAUAGAAUAGUAGAGUUGGAAGAGACCUCAUGGGCCAUCCAGUCCAACCCCCCACUAAGAAGCAGGAAAUCGCAUUCAAAGCACCCCUGACAGAUGGCCAUCCAGCCUCUGCUUAAAACCCUCCAAAGAAGGAGCCUCCACCACAGUCCAGGGGAGAGAGUUCCACUGUUGAACAGCUCUCACAGUGAGGAAGUUCUUCCUGAUGUUCAGCUGGAAUCUCCUUUCCUGUAGUUUGAAGCCAUUGUUCCGUGUCCUAGUCUGCAGGGCAGCAGAAAAGCUUGCUCCCUCCUCCCUAUGACUUCCCCUCACAUAUUUGUACAUGGCUAUCAUGUCUCCUCUCAGCCUUCUCUUUUGCAGGCUAAACAUGCCUAGUUCUUUAAGCCGCUCCUCAUAGGACUUGUUCUCCAGACCCUUGAUCAUUUUAGUUGCCCUCCUCUGGACGCUUUCCAGCUUGUCAACAUCUCCCUUCAAUUGCGGUGCCCAAAAUUGGACACAGUAUUCCAGAGGCCCCUCGUUACGCCCAGAGGCCCCUCAUAGCAAGUGCAGGGCUUCAGGUCGCACCAAAAGGAAUGAGCUGCAAGCGAAAGGCCUCACAGCGAGCAGAGGAUGCAGCGAACACCGCGGAGGCGUCUCGCUGUGUCCUCUCACUGCGUCCGGAGGCCCCUCGCUACGACCGGAGGCUCUGCGUUUGCUGCGAAGGGCCUCCGGUCACAGCGACAGUCCUCGCAACAAGUGGAGGAUGCAGUGGAGCCCUGUCGCUGUGAGCCCCUUCUGCCUUCUUGUUUUGCUCGCAGCGAGAUGCCUCCGCUGCGUCCCCUGUUAGCUGCAAGGCCUCUUGCUACCAGUGCAGGCCUCUCGCUGUGACCAGAGGUCCCUCGCUGCCAUUGCAGGGCCCUCGCAGCGAGAUGAGGAGGCUGCGGACGGAAUGGAGGAAGAGGCUGCAGAGGCGAAUGCAAGGCCGGGGACUUGAAAACAGCAGCGACAAGCUUCACCCGAAUAUAAGCCGAAGCGGACUUAUUCAGCCACCAAAAAGGGCCGAAAAACUUGGCUUAUAUUCGAGUAUAUACGGUAAUUCACUUACAAUCAGAGCCCCUUGAACCUCACCAACGAUAGAAUUGGGCCAAACUUCCCACACAGAACCCCCAUGGCCAACAGAAAAUACUGGUCUUUGGCAACCCCUCUGGCACCCUCCUCGCGACUCCCCAGGGGUCCCAACCCCUAGGUUGAGAAAUGCUGCUCUAAACUGAUCAAAUUGAAAUUCAACCUCAAAUAAUUCCCCUUCACCACAUUGGCAUUUCAGCACAUGGUGAGACAAAAGUAAGUUGUCACAAUUUUCUUCCAGGAUUGCUUGUACAUUUGAGAAGAAUGAAUUCAGCAGCAUGAUGAAAUUGCAUCCAAGGAAGUAGAAUAUACAGCAAUAGCAUGCUGAAGCCAACCCAUAAGGAUAAUUUCACCUCUGUUCAGUUGUGACUGGUUCCAGCAUGUUAUUUCAUUGUCCUUAAAAGAAACUUUCCUAGGUUCUACUACUUUAAAGGGUUGGAAUGAGGGGUCCCCCAAAAGCCACACCACAGACACAUGUAUUUAUCUCUAGAAAUUAUUAAAAUUGACGUAUUGUAAAUCCAAAGGAAAAUUCUGCCUCAGGUCUCGAUUGGAGCAUAUGAAAAAUAUUACUAUUCCGGCCAUAGAUAAGAUAUGUCCUAAUCACUAUGUUAUAAUAAUGAAUAUAAUGGCAUACUGAAGCCAUCUCAUGGGAGUUAUUCUAACACUGCUCCCUUGAAAUAAACUUUAGCUGAUCCCAAAUAAGUAACUUUCAAGGCUCUGUAACAAGAGCAUACACAAUAAAUGGUUAACAGAAAUGGGAUCCCCACUCCCAAAGACUUUUAUAGCCUGUCUUAUCACUGGCAUGCAUAUUUAUCUCUACAUCAGCUUAACCCCAUUGCAAAAGGUCUGCCAAAAAAACUCUGUUGGAGCACUUGAAACUAUCCAUCAAGAGAUGAUACCCCUCCUCUCUCAUGAACAAACUUUGGGGAAUAUGGGUAUGUAUAAGAGAGUGAGACUGACAGAAAACUAGCCAGAUAAAGAAAAGCCACCAGACUGUCAGAGUGGUAGGUAAAAAGUUGGUAGGUGGACAUGUUCUUUACCUUCAGUGCCAAAAGGAAGCACCAGAGAAAUGGGACAUGAGAGCAACUUUGGGAUAAGAAGUAUGGCAAUAUGCUUUUAUUCAUACUUUUCCUGCCUUGCUAGAUAAUGGAUUGCCUACCAGGGGUGGAAAAUUUGGGCCCUAACUCAACCAAGGACUCGCUGCUCACGGAUGUUGAAGGAAUCCUUUACCCUAAGGAAACUACGAGGUAUUGGGAGGAAAUACAGAACUUUAAAGCUCGGCCUGAUGAUCUUCUUAUUUGCUCUUACCCCAAAGCAGGUAGUACUUGGAUGCAGGAAAUUGUGGAUAUGAUCCAGCAUGGAGGAGACCCAGAGAAAUGUGCUCGGGCCCCGAUCUAUCAACGUAUUCCCUUCAUAGGAUUCAGCUUACCAUUUUCCAUCCCUACAAGCAUUGAAAAAAUAGAGGCAAUCCCCUCUCCACGUACACUCAAAACCCAUUUCCCAGUUCAGCACCUACCUCCUUCCUUCUGGGAACAGAACUGCAAGAUUAUUUAUGUGGCCAGGAAUGCCAAAGACAACAUGGUUUCCUAUUUCUACUUCCACAACAUGAUCAAUAUAAUUCCGGACAGUGGCAGCUGGGAUGAGUUUAUGGAGAAUUUCAUUGCUGGGAAGGUUUGUUGGGGCUCUUGGUUUGAUUAUGUUCAAGGCUGGUGGAAGGCUAAAGACCAUCAUCCGAUUCUAUAUCUAUUUUAUGAAGACAUUAAAGAGGAAAAGUUGGAGACUGGAAAGAGCACUUCACCGUGGCCCAAAGUGAACGACUGGACAACAUCUGUGCUCAGUUAUUUGCCGGCAGCGGCCUUACAUUUCGCACACAGUUAUAAGCACACCUCUGGACCUCUCACUUUCCUGGCAACACACACAGGGAAUGUUGAUCUUAAUUAAAUUAAGAAAUACAAGUCAGGAAACCACAGCAGUGUUUAUCUAAACCAAGGUAUAUAUGUAGAAUUUUCUUACUUUAAUGUGUUUGUAGUCAUCAGUGAAGUUUCAUACAUUCUGUUCUGAUAUUAAUGUAAAGAACAAGACAAAUCUACUGAGUGGUGGGGAUGAAUUCACCCCGAUAUUGCAGGAGCAGGAAGGAGCAAAAAGGAAUGUGGAAAUAUACAAGUGUUGCUAGGGCAAGAGAGAUUUAGGUGAGAAAUAGAGAGAGAUCAGACCGACUCAACAUGAGAUGGUGCAAUUGCACAACUGAAUAAUAAUAGCGCUCAACCCAGUAUGUAUCUCCUAUCAAUUAUUUGUUGGGUGCAUAGCUGCAGUAAUAUGGUGGAUUUUUGCAAUAAAGUCUUUAGAGAUGGGUAGUUAGAA